AAAAAAAGAAAAAAAAAGUGCAUGUGCAAGCAGAACUGAGAAAGUUCAUAGAGCCGAGGUGCAGGAUGUCCCGUUAAGGAAGGGGGAAAAAAAAAAAAAAGUCUUCCAGAGGAGCAGAGCAACACAAGCUGAGAGGACUGCAGCGCAGAGCGGACGGCAUUCAGCGCAAAGCAGACCCCGUUAACCCGACAACUAAAAUGGGCUUUCCGACGAUAUUCAGUUGUCGUCGGAUUGUUCUCAAAGUGUUUUUGCUUCACUUCAUCGCUUUUCAAGCAACAAAUGCGCGUCCUUCUCCUAUUAUUAGGUUUCCUGGAGACGACACAAGCCCCAAAACAGACAAAGAAGUUGCUCUGCACUAUUUGAAUAAGUUUUACGGAUGCCCACAAGACAGAUGUAACCUCAUGGUGCUCAAGGACACCCUGAAGAAAAUGCAGAAGUUCUUCGCCCUGCAAGAAACUGGAGAGAUUGAUGCCAAAACUGUGGAGACCAUGAAAAAGCCCCGCUGUGGCGUCCCAGAUGUGGCCAAUUACAACUUCUUCCACAGGAAGCCCAUGUGGCAGAAGAACGACAUCACCUACAGAAUCCUGGGUUGGACUCCUGAUCUGGAUGAGGAAGUCAUAAACGAUGCUUUCUUCAGAGCCUUCAAAGUGUGGAGUGAUGUCACGCCGCUCUCUUUCACCCGCAUCAUGGACGGAGAGGCUGACAUCAUGAUUAAUUUUGGCCGCAAUGAGCACGGAGACGGUUACCCCUUCGAUGGAAAGGAUGGCCUCUUGGCUCAUGCCUUUGCCCCUGGGCCAGGGAUUGGGGGAGACUCCCAUUUUGACGAUGAUGAGCAGUGGACACUGGGAGAGGGCCAAGUGGUGAAGGUGAAGUUUGGUAAUGCUGAUGGAGAGUUCUGUAAAUUCCCCUUCUCCUUCAUGGGCACCGAGUACAACAGCUGCACGUCUCAGGGCCGCGACGACGGCUUCCUGUGGUGCUCUACCACCUACAACUUUGACGAAGAUGGCAAAUAUGGCUUCUGCCCUCAUGAAUUACUGUUCACCCUGGGAGGAAAUGCAGAGGGUGCUCCAUGUAAAUUCCCCUUCACCUUUCAGGGAGAGAAGUACGAUGGAUGCACCACACAGGGCAGGGAUGAUGGUUACCGGUGGUGCGCCACUACUGAGGACUAUGACCGUGACAAGACCUAUGGCUUCUGCCCUGAAACCGCUAUGUCAACAGUGGGAGGAAACGCAGAGGGAAGCCCCUGCGUCUUCCCCUUCACCUUUCUGGGAGACACCUACGAUAGCUGCACCUCCUCAGGACGUAGCGACGGGAAGAUGUGGUGCGCUUCAACCAAGAGCUACGAUGAUGAUCGCAAGUGGGGUUUCUGUCCUGAUCAAGGGUACAGUUUGUUCCUGGUGGCAGCCCAUGAGUUUGGUCAUGCCCUUGGUUUGGAGCACUCUCAGGACCCUGGAGCACUUAUGGCCCCUAUUUACACUUUUACCAAAGACUUCAGACUUUCUAAUGAUGACAUCAAAGGCAUCCAGGAGCUCUACGGUGUGCCAACAGACAAGCCUUUGCCUCCAACCCAGGGUCCCGUCACUCCAAUGGACAUCUGCAAAGAGCCAGUUGUCUUUGAUGCUGUAGCACAAAUCCGAGGGGAGACCUUCUUCUUCAAAGACAGGUUCCUGUUCAGGUCAGUCAACUUCAGAAGCAAGCCCAACGGCCCCAUGCUCGUGGCCACCUACUGGCCCGACCUUCCUGCCAAGAUAGAUGCCGCCUAUGAAAACCCACUGGAGGAAAAAACAGUCUUCUUCGCAGGCAAUGAGAUGUGGAUUUACAAAGCUGAUGAGUUGGAGAAAGGUUAUCCCAAGAGGCUCUCCAGCCUUGACCUCCCCACUGACCUGGAGCAAAUCGAUGCUGCCUUCAACUUUAGGAAGAACAGGAAGACUUACCUGUUCUCUGGGGACAAAUUCUGGAGAUAUGAUGAAGAUAAGAAGAAGAUGGACCCUGGUUUCCCCAAACUUAUCGCUGACUCAUGGAACGGUAUCCCAGAUGGCAUCGACUCUGCCUUUAGUCUUAAUGGCAUCGAUUACAGUUACUUCUUCAAAGGCAACCACUAUUUCAAACUAGAAGACAGCAGCUUGAAGAUUGUCAAGUUGGGUGAAAUCACAAAAGACUGGCUGGGUUGUUGAGCGUUUCCCAAAAUGUCUCGCAACUGGCUAAUUCCUGUAACCAUGGCCUCGCCCUGUGAGGACAUCGUCGUAGUAUCGCACACAACUUGAGGUCGCCGCAGUGCACACUGUUGAAAGUUUUUAUCCUGGCAUCUCUGCACGCUUCUGUGGGACUCACGUCCCUCCAGCCUGUAUAACCGGUCUCCAGCUUUGCAGGAACUUCUACGCAGGCUGAACAUACACAACUGGAUAUUUGCUAUAUUUCUGUGUGAUUUUGACUUUUUAUAUGCUGAUGCAAGAUUUCUUAUAAUAUGUAGCCCCUGUUUUAUUGUUUUAUAGUUUCUUUUGUUCAUCUUUUUUAAAAGUCAGACAUCAGGUAUGUCCACACUGCAUUGAACUCAGUGCUAUACUGUGCUGUGAGAUAUUGCCGUUUUAUGCAAAUUUGAUUCUGAAGGGCUGUUUUAUACCAUAUGAGGAAUUCAUGUUGGCUUAGAAUGACUUCUAUAUCCAUUGUACUAAGUGCGGUUUUAUAAAUGUAUCAGUUUUAAUUAAUUUUCUGAUUGUUGUGCAAUACAUUUGAAAAAAUGAAUUUGCACAAUGUGACCGAAAAUGGUGCUUUUAGAGAUUGCUUUUUUUUUUUUUUUUUUUUUUUUGCAUAUAGUCCUAUAUCUGUAUUUUUUUAUAUUCUGUGUAACUAUGUCUGAUGGGACUACUUAGUAUCCUUUGGAUUUCAGAAAGUAGUAUCGCAGGCACACAUUAUUCUUCAUUUGAUUAGCACUUUGUAUAGGACUAUAAGAGGGACCUGCACAAUAUGGAGACCAAAUUAUUUCCAUGGCAACUCCAUGUUGCAUUUCCCUUCACUAAUGGUACAGAAAGAUUAACGGCACAGGUUGCCUCCAGAGGCUGUAUAGGUUUGCUGCAUGAUGGAAUCAUGACAAGAGUACCGCAGUAGUAUUGUUUAAAUAUCUUUUUUUUUUUAUAUGUAUUAAUUUUUCUUUCUUGGGUUUUAACAAUAUAGUCAUUGUGUCUUGUGUUGUUUUUAAUGCUUGUGCACUUUGUUACUGUCAUCAAUAAAGAUGGUCAAUAUAAUG